AUGGCUGAGCUCACUACGGAAAUCCCCAUCCAUCCAGUCGCUCCUCGCCUCAAGAAUGGUCACAAGAAGCCGCAUGUUGGGCCUGACCACCAUGCAUACAAGACCGCACACAAGGAAACAGUAGGACACGAAUCUGAUAAAUGGUGGGCAAAGAUGGCUAGAGAAACACUCUACUGGGAUCGCCCAUUCCAUACCGUAAGGGCAGGAGGUUUCGAAACAGGAGACAUCGCCUGGUUCCCUGAGGGUGGCCUCAACGCUUCCUACAAUUGUGUCGAUCGAUGGGCAUUCAAGCACCCAGAUAAGACAGCCAUUAUCUAUGAAGCAGAUGAGCCAAAUGAAGGCAAACUCAUCACAUAUGCAGAGCUCUUACGCGAAGUCUGCAGCAUCGCCAAUGUACUCAAAUCCUUUGGUAUCAAACGCGGCGAUACCGUGUCCGUCUAUUUGCCCAUGACAUGGCAAGCUGUUGCGGCAUUCCUUGCGUGUGCGCGUAUCGGCGCCGUCCACUCGGUGGUUUUUGCUGGUUUCUCCGCUGAAUCCCUCCGCGAUCGUGUACAGGACUGUAAGUCCCGUGUUCUCAUCACGUCUGAUGAAGGUCGCCGAGGAGGAAAGUCGAUCGCAACAAAAAUGAUCGUCGAUGCUGCACUCAAAGAGUGCCCUGAUGUCGAACACGUCCUCGUAUUAAAACGAACAGGAAAUGAGGUACCCUGGACUGAGGGUAGGGACAAGUGGUGGCACGAGGAGACACUCAAAGUGCCCAACUACUGCCCGCCCGAGGUAAUGUCAUCGGAGGAUCCUCUGUUUAUUCUUUACACGUCUGGUUCCACCGGUAAGCCCAAAGGGGUCGUGCACACGACAGGUGGAUAUCUCCUGUGUGCAGCACUGACGGUGAAAUAUGUCUUCGAUAUCCAUCCGGAUGACAAGUUUGCGUGUAUGGCCGAUAUAGGUUGGAUCACUGGGCACACGUAUAUCGUCUAUGGUCCUCUCGCAAACGGUGUUAGUACCACCGUCUUUGAAUCGACUCCAGUAUAUCCCACUCCAGCGCGUUAUUGGCAAACCGUGCAAAAACACCAAAUAACACAAUUUUACUCAGCUCCGACUGCCAUCAGGUUGCUACGCCGUUUGGGCGCGCACCAUGUUGAAGGACAUGACCUGAGCAGUCUUCGUGUACUCGGUAGUGUUGGCGAGCCCAUCAACCCAGAAGCAUGGAACUGGUACAAUGAACAUGUCGGUGGUAAGCAGUGUGCGAUUGUUGACACUUUCUGGCAAACGGAGACAGGAUCGAUCGUUGUUACUCCAUUCCCUGGGGCCAUCGAGACCAAACCAGGAUCGGCCACAGUUCCGUUCUUUGGUAUUGAACCUGCAAUUCUGGACCCAGUUUCAGGCAAGGAAUUGGAGGGUAACAACGUCGAGGGUGUACUUGUACUCAAAACACCUUGGCCUUCAAUCGCACGGACGAUUUACCAGGAUCACAACAGGUACCUCGAUACCUACAUGAAGCCCUAUCCGGGCAUGUUUUACACUGGCGACGGCGCUGCCAGGGACGAACACGGAUACAUCUGGAUCAAAGGACGUAUCGACGAUGUGAUCAAUGUUUCUGGUCACCGUCUCUCCACUGCUGAAAUUGAAUCAGCACUUAUUCUCCACAAGGGGGUUGCUGAGACUGCUGUUAUUGGCACGGCAGAUGAACUUACCGGUCAAGCGGUAUAUGCUUUCGUCACCUUGAAGCCGGAGUUCUCUUAUGAUCCUAAUGACGAAGCGUCACUUUCAAAAGAGCUUGUCUUGCAGGUUCGCAAGGUCAUCGGACCGUUCGCAGCCCCAAAGAAGAUUUUCAUCGUCAGCGACUUGCCCAAGACACGAUCUGGUAAGAUCAUGCGACGCAUCAUGCGCAAGAUAGUUGCAGGUGAAGGCGACCAGCUGGGUGAUCUUAGCACAGUCGCGGAACCCGGUGUUGUCGAUGUCAUCAAGAAGAAAGUGGCAGAGAGCUCUUGAACUUGUAUGGUCACGCCUUUAUUUGUAUUCACCGAGUCAUUCGUGGCUUGUUCUUUUUUUCCCCUCACUUUUUGCCCUCUAUAAGGAGUAAUGUACGGAUAUGGAGAACUGUAACGAUAAGUUAAAGUCAUGGAAGAAGUUCUUUUCUCGUGUGUCUGUCUUUGCUACUAGUAGUGUAAAUAUUAGUGUAUGGAUCUUUUAGCCACACAGUAGAUUGUAUUCUUUAUUUUCUCAAUUGAAGGAAUCGCUCAGGAUAAA